AUGUUGAAAGAAAAUGCAAGUGUUUACAUGGAAUCAUCUGUUAUAUCGGUUGUCACAAUAUCAAUGCAGAAUCUGGAGUCUAGUGGCAGUUCUGUGAAAUAUUUUCAACUUUUACUCAAGCGUUUUGGUGUUAUGUAUAUGGCAAUUGUUAUUACUCUUGGUUUUAUUGGUAACUCAAUAUCGUGUUAUGUGUUCGUUCGAAGUAAACUUCGACGUUUAAGUUGUAGUUUAUACCUUACAGCUUUAUCAAUAUCGGACAAUGGAUAUUUAAUCUGCUUGGCAUUAAUUUGGCUUGAAAAUAUUCGUGUUUUUAUCUUUCACAAUAACGGAAUAUGUCAAGUUACAGUAUACCUAACGACCGUCUUCAGUUCAUUAUCAGUGUGGUUCACCGUUGCAUUUACUACUGAACGUUUUGUCGUUGUUGCUUAUCCAUUGAAACGUUCUCAAUAUAAUUCAUCAGCACGAACCCGUUAUGCUGUUGUCUUAUUGACAUUUCUCGCCUUGUUCCUCUAUUCUCCUACUCUAUGGACAUCAGGUAUCGAAACAACAGAUCCCGAACGAUCAACAUUACCUUCAUAUGACACGCGUUGUGUUACUCUUCGUCCUUGGCUUCGUUUUACUCGUCAAAUGAAUAUAAUUGAUUUCUUUCUAACAUUUAUCAUUCCUUUUCUAACUAUCGCUACAUUUAAUUCGUUAAUUAUCCUUAAAUCUGGCCAAUACGAUCGUUUACUGGAACGAAAUUACAUUCAACCAUCAACUUAUAUUCUGCAUAAUCUUCUCGAACAUCGUCUACGUCGUUCGAAAUAUCAUCGACGUAUAACUAAAAUGUUAUUAAUCAUUUCGACAACAUUUCUACUACUCAAUACUCCUAUGCAUUUACUGAAAGUUUAUUAUUUUUUCUUUUCGAACGACGAUACAUACGAUGAAAAAUCUUCCUAUGAAUCGAUCAUCGAAAUGUUAACAUUUUAUUUAUUUUAUACAAAUUUUGCAAUCAAUUUUUUCCUUUACUCGCUAUGCGGAAAGAAUUUUCGUUCGUGUCUCAUGGGUUUACUCAAACAAUUCGGACGGACUAAACAAACGAAUAGUUUCCUAUCAAAUGGCUUAUUUCUCGCUGGUCAUGCGGCUAUUGAUGAAACACCUGUCGUUCAAUACUGCAAACAUUUACAACGGCCUGAGCAUCUUCGAAAGUAUUCAAAACGUGAAAACAGUAGUACAGUAAGUAGUAGCGGAAUCAAAGGAAAUCCAUUACUAUCAACAUUUCAUGCUGCGACAACUGGUACAAUGCAUCAUACAUUACAUCAGUUAGCGUCGGAUUCAUCACUAAAAAAAUCGCCGCUCAAGAUCGAAUUACUAACGAAUGGAUCAACACCGACCGUUCUCAAAUUUUAUCCACCAUUUACAAUUCACUGA